GUGGUGAAUAUACACAUGUAUUCCGAAUUUAUUUAUGGAUAAAAUACAACUUAUGGGAUUAAACUAUGGUUUACCAUAAAACAUUUCACAGAUUUCUUUCACUUUCGGAUUCUUUGUCACGUAUGAGGAAACAAUCCACGGAGCUGUGAACUGCCGUCGUUGUUUCAGGAAAUAUUAAAACCUGUAACAAUAUAAAGUUACAUUAUAGUCUAAUCUUCUGACAAAAUGGCUCUUGUUGAAGUUAGUGGUUUGAAACCUUUUUCCGAACCAAGUGCGCAGAUUUUCGGAACCGGACAAACGCAUCUCGUCGAUCGAACUAAUCAUUACAGUUUUGGAACCUCAGUUCAUGAAUUUGCUGUUCCUGUGGGAGAAGAGCCCUCAGGGUUUCUGACCUCCUGUAACAAGGAGGGAGGGGUGAGUAUUGAGAUGAACCACGGAACGACCACCUUGGCCUUCAAGUUCAGGCAUGGAGUCAUCGUGGCCGUGGACUCCAGAGCCUCAGCUGGACGAUACCUGGCAUCCAACGAUGUCAACAAGGUGAUAGAGAUCAACCCUUAUCUAUUGGGCACCAUGUCAGGCAGCGCUGCAGAUUGUCUGUACUGGGAGAGACUCCUGGCUAAAGAGUGCAGGUUGUACAGACUGAGGAACAACCAUCGGAUCUCUGUAGCUGCUGCUUCUAAGCUCUUGUGUAACAUGAUGCUGGGCUACAAAGGCAUGGGCCUUUCUGUGGGGAGCAUGAUCUGUGGAUGGGACAAAGAGGGCCCUGGUUUGUACUAUGUGGAUGAGAAUGGGACUCGUCUGUCUGGCCGGAUGUUUUCUACUGGGUGUGGAAACGGUUACGCCUAUGGAGUGGUGGACAGCGGCUACAGAGAAGACAUGACGGUUGAGGAGGCGUAUGAACUCGGCCGUCGAGGCAUCGCUCAUGCUACUCACAGGGAUGCUUACUCUGGUGGAGUCGUGAACAUGUACCACAUGCAGGAGGAUGGCUGGAUUAAAGUAUGUAAGGAGGACGUCUCAGAGCUGAUCCACCGUUACAGAAAGGGAAUGUUCUGACUUAACUGCUCAGAGCCCAGACAAACCUCAAUAGUCUUUUCUCCAUGAAUGUGUAACCAAAGUGAGGGAUGAUGAUUUUUUGGUACAAUAAUUUGAGAUGUUAUACUGUACCUGAAGGUAAACUUUUUACAAGCAUUCAUAGUUUAGAAAAGUUGUUGUACUAGAAACAAAAAAUGUUCAAAUAACUCCAACAAAUUAAUACAACCAACAUCAUUCUGAUUAAAUAAUGUUAAUGUUAAA